ACUCCAUCCAUCCCUUCUCUCCCAUUUCAUCGUCGUCCACCACCACCACCACCACCAUUCAACACACCAUGACAUCCCCCUCGAGCACUCGUCACAGCUCAAUCUCCCCUUCUCCUUCUCCUACCCCAUCUCAACAUACAUCCUCAAGCUCGACGAACCAGAGCAGCACUACCAUCUCCAUUUUGGUCGUGUUGCCCACUCCGGAAUCUAUUCAACAACACACAUCUGUAUCCUCCUCCUCAUCCUGCGAACUCAACAACAACAGUAGUACAGGACCAUCUGUCCCUUCUGCUCCUAUUCCCAGUCCGUUGACAUCACGUCAAAGUGCGAGCAGAGUACCCACCCUGAAAAAUACUGCGACGACACUUCUGGAAAGUCAUACGAAUGAUCCAUCAGCAGGGUCUGGGCGAGCCGUCAAUGGCAGUAGUAAUAGCAGCGGCGGUGGCGCCGGGGGUGGGGGCAUCACUGAUGUGGUCAAUGCGGGCAGAAGAUUAUCUCUAGCGCCUGGAUUAGGAGGAGGUGGACCUCAUCGUUAUCGACCCACUACGUCUCAUCAACCGUCACCUAGGAUCGAGCCCAAUUCAGAUUUUUUCGAACCGAGAUCAGAAGGAAAUACACCGUUCCUAGGUGGAAAUCCGAAUGGAUCCAUGACCUCCCACCCCCCCACUCCCAUCGUCCAUGAAUCACCCGAUGUUGUUCCCGUUCCAGCAUUCGGCAGUCGAUCAGGCGGGCCCGCCGCCCACGGAUCAAACGGGAUAAGUCAUGGCAGUGGACCAGGAUCAUCCAGUCGAAGAAGACCCAUGACAGCUGCUGCACCUACCAUUGUCAAUCGAUCAUCACUCGUCGUGCCUAGUGCCGUCCUCGGUGGACCUGGAAGGAUGGGCGGAGCUGGAAAAACGAGACAAGGAUGGGAAGGGGAUCAAAUCGUCGAAGUGCUCAGAGCGAGCUCUCAAGAAGUCACCGUCGUUCGCAAUAUUAGUCAAGUCUCUUGCAUCCUCACUCCCUCCUCCGGAGGCAUACCGACGUAUUCUACAUUCAGCACACAGACUCUCACUGCCGCUCGAUCUUCCUCCGUCACGCCCGUCAUCCUUGUUCCGCUGUGCGAUCAGCCCACACUCCCAUCCCUCUCUCUUCUCUUACAACAAGGUACAACACCUUCUGCUGUAUGCUUUCAACAGGAUCUCCUUGAGCGAGCUCGUCAAGCUGAGCAGACUUGGCUUCCCACCGCAUUGAAUCGAGUUCAAGCAGCCAUCAGAAUAAGGGAUGAGGUAAAUCGUCUGAACGUCGAUCCCAAUCGCAAGAAACCAUCCAACACGGACACUCCCAUCAUCUUGGCCUACUCAGCCAACCCGGCCUUGUCCCAUCAAACCAUCGCGGCGUGUGUCUCUGCUGGCUGCUCGGGUGUCCUGAAGCCGCCAUACGAUUUCCAAACUGCCAGAAUGGUCCGACGAAUGGUUCGUGCAGCGAAAGAAGGCCGCAUCUCCUCCGUGGUCGGUCUGCCCAAUCGCACUGGCGAUCUCUCAUCACCUACAGGAGAUGACGAAGAUGAUCCUAUCAGUAGAGUCAUUCUCCCGCCAACCGCAUUGAGCAUGGGCGGCGAGCAUGCCGGUGAGAUCGUUCUCUCUGGUCUCAUCAGGCAUAAUUCGCUACGCAAUUCGGGUGCGACACCUCACGACAGUCGAAAUGGCUCGCCUUUGUCCAACUCUAGAAACGCGAAUCAGCAGAUUCCACCGCGGAAGAACAGUCUGGGGCGACCAUCCCCACUGGAUCCGAAAAAUAAACGCGAUUCGCAAUCGAAUAUUCGGUCCACACUAUCCACAUCGAACUCUUCAAAAAGUAUCGCUACACCCACUUCGACCGCUGCUCAUUCUCACAGCCUCUCUGAUAACCUUGCACGACCGCACGAUGGUCGACGACGAAGUGUCGAUGUGUCAGGCUUGGAGUUUGCCCUUCGACGAGCUCAAAAGGCAUUUGAGCAGAACAAACGCCCUCCAUCUAAAGCUCGAUCAAGGUUCUCCGCUUCCAAACCGUUACCGACGAUAUUCACUCCUGACGACGAAGGGCCUCUGGGCGAGAAGAUGGACAUGGACGAGCCAGAGUCCGGAAUCGUCUCGACACUCGCUGUCGAUCCACCGGAGACCAAGGAGACAGAGCUGGCAGAGCUCUUGAGCUCGAUGUAUCUCCAAACGCAGAUGGCCAUACGUGUGCAGGUCGGCGAUGACGACUACGCCAGAUUGUCUGAACCUCUCUCGCCGGAUCGUCGACGAGCCCUGGUCGACGCGGUGGCAAGCUGGAACUUCAAACCACACGGUUUGAGUGACGGCGAUUUGUACCGUGUGGCGUGUCUCCUCUUCGAGGUCGUCGUCCACUCUGAAGCUUUGGUCGGGCUCGAUCUAAAGCGAGACCAGAUCAACCGGUUCCUAUUUGCUAUUCGGGCAAUUUAUCACGCUCCGAACCCAUAUCAUAACUAUAUCCACGCGAUCGAUGUCCUUCAAGCGACUUAUAUCUACCUUGUCCAGCUGGAGCUCGUUCCACCAUUCGAGCAUAUCCGAUCAUGGACUCCAUCGACGCCAGCUUGGAAAAGACCCCCAAUUCGAUCGGAUCUCAGGCCGGGAUCUCUCCGAGCGCGAGAAGUCAUUCGACCUCAAGAUGUGCUGGCGAUUAUGAUUGCAGCUGUCGGACAUGAUAUUGGUCAUCCGGGAUUGAGUAACGCCUUCAUGAAAAACGCUCAGACACCUCUGUGUGUCGUAUACGACGACAAAUCUGUGCUUGAAAAUAUGCACUGUGUCUUGGUCGUUCAAUUGCUACGCAAACAUGGCUUCGGGUUCCUACUGGAUCCCCGACACGCCUCUGAAGGCACCUACCCGAACCCUCAUCGUGCGGCGCUCGACGCUAGGAGUUUUAAGCGUGUCCUGUACUCUGCCAUCUUGGCAACCGACAUGUCGCUGCAUUUCACAUGGGUACAAGGGUUUCAAGAGCUGAGGACGACCCUGGAGCACCGUGCGUGGGCUGGACUCGAGGCAGAUCCCAGCAGGGACGAAGAGGAACGGAUCAUCCUUGCUCAGUCGUUCCUGAAAUGCGCUGAUAUCAGUAAUCCUACGCGCCCCAUCGAUGUCUCUGAGUAUUGGUCCUCUGCUCUUUUGCGAGAAUGGGCUAUUCAAGCAUCUCUCGAGGUUGAUCUAGAAUUGCCAGUCUCCGUCAUUGCGUCUGCAGAUGUAGCUCUGCAAGCAAAGGGACAAAUCGGGUUCAUCGAUCUGUUCACUCAGCCGUUAUUCGAUACGGUCGCGGAGCUUCUGCCAGAAUUCCGACGUUAUGCCAAAUGGUGCUCUGAGAAUCGUUAUGUCUGGGAACAACGAUUGGACGAUGCUCGCGCUCAAGAUCCUGUCCUGGUCCAACCGCUACUAUACGACGCAUCGCAAAACAAACGAUUUGCAACCCUCUUCCCAAUGUCCCUCCCUACCACUCUUGUAUCUCAGAUGCAAUCCGCUAUCGGGUCCAGCGAUUCCGCCACCGAUCUCCUCUCGGCCCUAUCUGUCCGACCUCCCGAGGCUCCAAUUUUCUCCAAGAACCCUCAAUCUGAGCUGGCAGCAAGGGCAAUGAGGGCAGUCUAUCAUUCCGAUUUGAGUAGCCGACCAGCCGCGCCUGGCCGAGUGGCGAGCUUUGGUAGAGGGACACCUGGUCCAGGUUCAGUAUUGGAAAUGGAAACGUAUCUGGAGGGUAGAAGGUCGUCCAAUCCGGACAUCCUGCCGAGUCAUUUGAACGAGGGAGUGAGGACAUCUUAGGGCUAGGAUGAGGUGUAGGUUGGGCGAAACGGGUGGGAAGCGCAAGGAGAGCGGAUCGUGAGCGAAGAUGGGGACAAUGGGAAUCAUUGGCAUAGAUUUUUUUCGUUAACAUGUUGUAACACUUCUCUUGUGAGCAUUUGAUCUUUCUUCUCUUUCCAGGGUAAGGGCGCCUCUGCCAUGUACAUGUAUGUAUAUUGGGUAUUCGUGGUAUGUCAGAUUGGAUGACCACAUUGCCCUUUGGCUGUCGCCGGUAUCGACCCACGGCCAUUCAACGUGAU